AUGGGCCCUGGGAACCAGUAUGGACCGUCUGUCCCAGUCAAACCCAGUCCAGCCCAGUAUAGCCCAAUUCAACCCAGUCCAGCCCAGUAUAACCCAGUUCAACCCAGUGCAGCCCAGCUCAAUCCCAUCCAGCCCAAUCCAUCCCAGUAUAAUCCAGUCCAACCUAGUCCAUCUCAGUCCAUCCCAGUCCACCCCAAUCCAUCCCAGUACAAC